AUGAAGUUCACAUCCGUCAUUGCUCUCGUCGCUACCGCAGCCACCCUCGUUGGUGCAGUCCCCUUCGAGACCAACGCUGAGCGUCUUGCCCGUGGUCUCCCUCCUCUCCCCCCUGCGCGCCGUGCAUCUGGUGUUGAAGCUGCCAAACCUAAGCCGUCACCUUCCCAUGGGUGCAGCACAGGCCCUGUACAAUGCUGCAAUGACCUUGUGGAUCGGAGUAACCACACCGUCGGCAUUUUGAUUGGCCUCCUCGGUAUCGUUCUCGGGCCCGUAACUGGCUUGUUUGGUCUUGGUUGCAGUCCCCUCCUCGGCGGAGGAGCGAAAUGCCAAUCCCAGACCGUCUGCUGCUCCGACAACAAGUUCAGCGGUAUUAUCAACAUUGGCUGCUCCCCCAUCAACAUCGGCUUGUGA